AAGAGUGUUAUAAAUUUCAAGACGAGCGCGCUGCAGGUGCGCGAAGUCUGGUUUCUGGUUGUGAAUUCAUGUCGGAAUAAUCACACCUGCAACAAAAAUGUCUGCGACGGUCGUCUACAAGGCAGGAAUGGAAAUUGGCAUGACAGUUGAUAUGAAAAUGUUUUCUUGUUGCCAAAAUAUAUUUUCUGCUGAUGAGAGAGCCAAGACUUCAACUGUUCAACGUCAUAACAACGUAGUCAAGUACUCGGUGAUUAAGAAAUCAAGCGAUGUCGGCAAAAUGCUUGGAAUUUCGGGGGAUAUGUCUCUGAAAGCUAAGGCAGGUCUAAUAGAUGUGGGAGGACUCGGAUCAUAUUUUGAAGAGGAUCGUUCAGGAGACAACGUGACUGAGAUAAUAGCCAAAGCACAAGUAGAAACGGUGACAGUGUCCUUGGAUAGUGAUGCUACCCCAAAAGCCGAUUGGUCAAAAAAUGUUCAGGGAACUCAUUACAUCAGAAGCAUCACAUAUGGUGGGGAUUUGUUUGCCAGGAUUCGCAUCAAGGGCAGUGAUACUCAGCAGAAGGAGGACAUUGAAGCAUCUGUGAAAGGUUUAGGUUCCUAUGGACUCAUUGAUGGAAAGGUGAAGGGACAGUUCAAAGCCAUGAACCAGAAAAUAUCAAACUUUUCUGAGAUUGAGAUUGAAUAUUUUUCUACGACUCAAAAAAGUGAGAUGCCCAGGGACAUUGAAGGUAUGUUACAUGCACUUGAUACUUUCAAGGCUGAAGUUGAAAAGCUGAAUGACAACAAAGGAGUACCAUGCAGGUGUGAAAUUGUUCCCCUUUCCUAUCUUGAUUCAAAUGUUUGUGCUCAAGUGAAGGCAAGUGCAUAUGCUUCACAAAUUAAUUCCCUGGAAGAAAAAUUUGAUGAUGUUCUAACUGCCAAAAAGAAACUACACACUUUCUUACAAGAAACAGAAGAUGAUCUGGGCUCUGAUUUUGAAGAAAGUGCACGUGAUCUUGAGAAGAGAAUUGAUAAUGCACAUGACUGCUUACUGGAAGCUGUAUCUGAAAUCGAUGUGACAUCUCAACAGCAGACCAUAGAUAUAGUGCGCAAAGCAAUACAGAAAUCAUCAGAAAUGAAGAAAACAGCUGCUGGUUUUCGACGAGAAGUGAAUACAUUUGUCAGAGUAGCUGCUGGUCUAAAGAUUUAAGAUGGAAA